ACGCCGCUGAGCACCAACCGGCGACAGCAAACCAGAGCUAGCUCUGCAUCCUCUACUCCACACGGGCCCUUCCUUGGUCUUCGUGUUGCUGCUGCUGCUCGCCUCGCCUCGCCUCGCCUCUCCUAGCUUAGCUUAGCUCUUGGAGUAGCUAGGCCUAGGCUAGCGAGACGUCGGAGCAGCUCGCCGGAGCUGCUGUAGCAAGAACGAGGCUGAGCUCUCCUUCAUCCGCGCGCGGCGUGCCAUGCUCUGAAGCCUGAAGCUUUUCUUAUUUUUUGGGUUCCUUGCGCGGCCAGAGCCGCCGCCACAUGGCGACCACGAAGCAGACGCCGGCGAGCUCCACGGCGACCGCGGCCGCCUCCGCCGUGCCGCCGUGCGAAGGGGAGCGCAAGUCGCCGGCGAUCAACUCCGAGCUGUGGCACGCCUGCGCCGGCCCGCUCGUCUCGCUGCCGCCGGUGGGCAGCCUCGUCGUCUACUUCCCCCAAGGCCACAGCGAGCAGGUUGCAGCUUCUAUGCAAAAGGAUGUUGAUGCACAUGUACCAAGCUAUCCGAACCUUCCCUCCAAGUUGAUAUGUCUUCUUCACGGUGUUAUUUUGCAUGCAGACCCAGAUACUGAUGAAGUUUAUGCACAGAUGACUCUUCAACCAGUGAAUACAUAUGGAAAAGAGGCGUUGCAACUAUCAGAACUUGCACUAAAACAAGCAAGGCCACAAAUGGAGUUCUUCUGUAAGACACUCACCGCAAGUGAUACAAGCACACAUGGAGGAUUCUCUGUGCCUCGCCGUGCCGCGGAGAAGAUAUUUCCUCCCCUGGACUUCUCUAUGCAACCUCCAGCUCAAGAAUUGCAAGCCAGAGAUAUACAUGACAAUGUGUGGACGUUUCGUCAUAUAUAUCGAGGUCAACCAAAAAGACAUUUGCUUACUACUGGUUGGAGCCUUUUCGUUAGUGGCAAGAGGUUAUUUGCUGGUGAUUCUGUUAUUGUUGUCAGGGAUGAAAAGCAUCAGCUUCUGCUAGGAAUCAGGCGUGCUAACAGACAACCCACUAAUAUAUCAUCUUCAGUACUUUCAAGCGACAGUAUGCACAUAGGGGUCCUUGCUGCUGCUGCCCAUGCUGCUGCCAACAGUAGCCCUUUCACCAUAUUUUAUAACCCUAGGGCAAGUCCUACUGAAUUCGUUAUUCCAUUUGCCAAAUACCAGAAGGCACUGUACAGUAAUCAGAUAUCUUUAGGAAUGCGGUUCCGCAUGAUGUUUGAAACCGAGGAAUUAGGAACGAGGAGGUACAUGGGUACAAUAACUGGAAUAAGUGAUCUAGAUCCUGUAAGAUGGAAAAACUCCCAAUGGCGAAAUUUACAGGUUGGCUGGGAUGAGUCUGCAGCUGGUGAAAGGCGGAACAGAGUUUCAAUCUGGGAGAUUGAACCAGUUGCAGCGCCCUUUUUCUUAUGCCCCCAGCCUUAUUUUGGCGUGAAGCGCCCCAGGCAAUUAGAUGACGAGUCAGAGAUGGAAAAUCUUUUCAAGAGAGCAAUGCCUUGGCUUGGUGAGGAGGUAUGCAUAAAGGAUGCUCAGAACCAGAACACCACAGCACCUGGUUUAAGUUUGGUCCAGUGGAUGAACAUGAACAGGCAGCAGAGUUCAUCGUUAGCCAACACUGCUGCACAGUCUGAGUACCUCCAAGCUCUAGGUAACCCUGCCAUGCAAAACCUUGCUGCUGAUGAUCUUGCGAGGCAGUUAUAUGUCCAGAACAAUCUCCUUCAACAGAACUGCAUACAGUUCAAUUCUCCCAAGCUCCCUCAGCAAAUGCAAACUAUGAAUGAUUUGUCCAAGGCAGCAAUUCCGUUGAACCAGCUUGGUGCUAUCAUCAAUCCUCAAGAUCAGAAACAAGAUGCUGUCAGCCAUCAGAGACAACAGAACUCCAUACAAGUAAUUCCCUUGAGCCAAGCUCAAUCUAAUCUUGUCCAGGCUCAGGUGAUUGUCCAGAAUCAGAUGCAACAGCAGAAGCCAUCUCCGGCUCAAAACCAGCAAAGGAUUAACAGUCAGUCGCUGCUUCUGCCCCAUCAACAGCAGGAUCAAAAUUUACAGCUGCAACAGCAGCUUUUACUUCAGCAAAAACAACAGUUGCAGCAGCAGCAACAACAACAACACAAUCAACAACAGCUAAAUAAGUCACUCGGACAGUUAGUAAAUCUGGCUAGUCAGCAGUCAAAGUUGUUUGAUGAGGAGCUUCAGUUGCAGAUAUUACAGAAACUACAGCAACAAUCACUGAUGGCACAAUCAACAGCUACAUUGUCGCAGCCACCUCUAAUCCAAGAACAGCAAAAAUUACUUAUUGACAUGCAAAAGCAGUUGUCUAAUUCACAUCCACUUGCCCAGCAACAAAUGAUUCCCCAACAAGAAAGCAAACCUUUGUUGCAAGCAACGCCACUGCUACCCACGGUCCAGCAAGAGCAACAGCAGAAGCUUUUGCAGAAACAAGUGUCACUUGCAGAUGUGUCAGAAGUUGCUUUUCAACCAAUUUCAUCAACCAAUGUGAUCCCCAAAACUGGAGGUGCUAUGAUCAUCUCAGGUGCUGCACAAUCUGUAGUUACAGAAGAAAUGCCUUCUUGUUCAACAUCUCCAUCCACGGCUAAUGGAAAUCACUUAGCACAAUCAACCAAAAACAGGCAUUGCAUCAACACAGAAAGGUUGCCACCAUCCACUGCUCCAAUGUUGAUCCCAACCUCCAUUGAUGCUGUAACAGCAACUCCAACAAUGACAAAGGAAUUGCCAAAGCUAAAUAAUAAUGUGAAGCAAAGUGUUGUCAACUCAAAAUUACCAAAUGUUGUUCCUGGUCCACAAAAUUGUAUGAACAAUUCACUGCAAACAGACAACUUAGAAACAUCUUCAUCAGCAACUUCAUUAUGCCCCUCCCGAACAGAUGGACUUAUGCAUCAAGGUUUCCCCUCUUCUAACUUCAAUCAACACCAGAUGUUCAAGGAUACACUUCCUGAUGUACAAAUUGAAGGUGUGGAUCCAACUACCAGUGGCUUAUUUGGGAUCAACAAUGAUAACCCAUUAGGGUUCCCAAUAGAAACAGAGGACUUGCUGAUAAAUGCGCUUGAUUCUGUCAAGUAUCCGAAUCAUAUAUCAACUGAUGUUGAAAACAACUACCCAAUGCAAAAGGAUGCUCUGCAAGAGAUAUCAACCUCCAUGGUUUCCCAGUCAUUUGGUCAAUCGGAUAUGGCUUUUAAUUCCAUUGAUUCUGCGAUCAAUGAUGGUGCCUUCUUGAACAAAAAUUCCUGGCACACUGCCCCUCCACUACAGAGGAUGCGGACAUUCACUAAGGUGUACAAACGAGGAGCUGUAGGCCGGUCUAUUGACAUCGGCAGGUACUCUGGAUACGAAGAAUUGAAACAUGCUUUGGCCCGCAUGUUUGGUAUAGAGGGGCAACUUGAAGAUCGGCAGAGAAUAGGUUGGAAACUAGUCUACAAGGAUCAUGAGGAUGACAUCCUGCUUCUUGGCGAUGACCCAUGGGAGGAGUUUGUGAACUGUGUAAGAUGCAUCAGGAUCCUAUCACCUCAAGAAGUGCAGCAAAUGAGCUUGGAUGGUGAUCUAGGGAGCAAUGUCCUCCCCAACCAGGCCUGCAGCAGCUCAGAUGGGGUGAAUGGUUGGAGGCCUCGCUGUGACCAGAACUCUGGGAACCCUUCCAUUGGCCCCUAUGAUCAAUUCGAAUGACAUGAUUCAUUCACAUGAAAAAUUUGACAUCCGUUGCCUUAUUUUUGCAUCCACUAUGGAUUUGGAAUGGGGCCAGAACAGAUGCAAUGGCUGCAAAAAAACCAGGAUUACUAUCAUCAAUUCCAUGGUUCAAAAGGCUAUGAGCCGAAGAGUUUAGUGUAGAGUGUCAGCUUAUAGCUGGGAGGACAAAUGCUCCUCAAAAUAUAUUUUCCUGUUUUGAUAUAUGUGUAGCUUUUGCAUUUGCAAAAAGUUAGAGAUAAGAAUGGAACUUACCUAGAGCUGUUGCGAGCUGUGACAGGGGAUUAGGCGAAAUCGAAGAUAGCGUAUUU